AUGGAGAGGAACACCAACAGCAGCAACAUUAUUGUGCGCUUGUUUGGGAGUUGGGUGAGCUACAUGAGAAAAUGCCUUUUCCAAGUGUUGUCAGUGGGGCCGGUCCCAAGCCACCUCGCGUUCAUCCUGGAUGGAAACAGGAGGUACGCGAGGAAGUGGGGGUUGGGGGAGGGGAUGGGGCACAGGGCCGGAUUCCUCUCCCUCAUGACCCUGAUGAAGUACUGCUACGAGCUUGGAGUGAAGUACAUCACCGUGUACGCGUUCAGCAUAGACAACUUCAAGAGGAAGCCGGACGAGGUGCAGGGCGUGAUGGACCUCAUGCUGGAGAAGAUCGAAGGGCUGGUCAAGGAGGAGAGCAUUGUGAACCAGUACGGAGUGAGGGUCGAGUUUGUUGGGAAUUUGAAGCUCUUGAGUGAACCUGUGAGAAAUGCUGCGGAGAAGGCCAUGCGAAUCACUGCUCACAAUAACAGAGCCAUUCUUCUCAUUGCGGUUGCAUACACUUCCACCGAUGAAAUCGCCCACGCUGCUCAUCAGUCCUGCCUUGACAGGAAGGAGGGUGUGAUAAGGCUGUCUGAUGUGGAGAGGCAUAUGUAUAUGGGGGUGGCGCCUGAUCCCGAGAUACUGGUGAGGACUUCAGGGGAGACGCGUCUUAGUAACUUCCUACUGUGGCAGACAUCCAGCUCCCUGCUGUCUUCACCCAAGGCGCUGUGGCCAGAGAUGGGCCUGCGCCACCUUGUAUGGCUCGUGUUGAAUUUUCAGAGGGUUCAGCCUUACCUAGACACGACGAAGAAGAAGCUUCUGUGACUCUGAUUUCUUCUUUACCUCCACCUAUAUCUUUGUACUCAGUUAUAAGCAUUUUCAUUCGAAUUGCCAGUUUAAAGCUUAAUUAUAUGUA